AUGAACCCAUUAGAAGCACCAAAAUUUUUGAGGGGUUUGCAAACAAUAAUAACAGAAACGAAUGUGUACAGUAGACAAAUGGAUGAUGAUGAUAAUUUCAGUGAUUUUCCAGCAUUUCAUUUAAGAAGUGAUGACGAAUUGGCCACAUUAGAAGACGAUGGCAAUAGUGAUAAUAAUUCGAUAACGGAUUUUUCCGAUGCUGAAACAAAUUUUAAUGUAUUAAUGAACGAUUUAGAAGAUGACGAUAAUAAUAAUAAUAAUAAUACUAAUAGUGAUGAACGAGAGAAUAGGGAAGAUAAUGAUAAAGAAAAUAUUUCACCUUUACAAGAGAUCAAUCACGAUGAGCAAGAAAAUUAUUCAAAUGAAAAAUCUUCGAAAGCAGAACGUAUUCAAGCAAUUAUUAAUGAACCAAAGAAAAAUCGACGAAAAAAAAUUCAAUUAUUAACAAAAUAUGCACGUACACGUUAUGGACUUGUUAAUAAUCUCAUACGAAAACAAGCAUGGCUCUAUUUAAUUGAUUCACCAAAUUAUUGUAAAUUAAAAUUAAAUACAGAUAACUAUUCUGCACAACAAUUUGUGUGUGAUGGAACUUAUUAUAAUGCUAAACAAAAAGAAAUUGAAGCACAUCGUUAUUAUGCUCAAGUUCGUAUGGAUGUUGAACGAACACUCAAAAGGUUUCCACCAAACUAUGGUCAUAAUGAACGGCUGGAAUUACAAGAAAUCUUAAUCGAUGUUAUAGUUAAAUUUCUUCUUAAACAUGAUGAACUGAAUUAUUAUCAGGGUUAUCAUGACAUCUGUUUAACAUUUUUAUUGGUGCUUGGUCGAGAAAAUUGUUUACCAUUAAUUGAUACCAUAACAGACACGCAUCUGACAGGUGGUGUUGGUGUGAUGUUUGCAUUGAGUUGGUUCAUAACUUGGUUUAGUCAUGUUUUGGAUGAAUUAGAAACAAUUUUACGUCUAUAUGAUCUAUUUAUUGUAUCACAUAAACUUAUGCCAAUAUACGUUGCAGCUGAAAUUGUUAACUUGAACAGUGAUCGUGUACUCGAAACAGAAUGUGAUAUGGCAUGUUUACAUCAAUUAUUAUCUCGUUUACCAUCAGAAUUAAAAGAAGAUGAAUUUGAAUUGGUGAUUAAACGAGCGCUGACUUUAUUCGAUAGAAUACAACCAGAUACACUCGAAUUAUUAAAUGAUGAUUGGAAAACAACAUGUGAUGAAAACAAAUCUGGUCGAAUUUUACGGUAUCGUUCAGCUACAAUGCCAGAUGAACGACCUCAAAAUUAUCCACGUUUUGUUUUGUGGGGUGUUACACUAACGAUCAGUGCCGCUGCCGUUUAUAUUUGGAAUCAGACACAACGUGGUGCUGAUCCAACACAAUUAUUAAACUUUGGUGAUCUUUUUUCGGCACUUUAUGGAACACGAUAA